AUGUCUCGUUUUGUUGAACAAAUUUUUGGUUGGAACAUUUUACCUGAAGAAUUAAAAUCAAUCAAAUUGCAACAAUUGGUUGAUUUGUCUCGUACUUUAGAUCGAUGGAUAAGUGAAAUAGUUCUCUCCGAAUAUGAGAAAUCUAAUCAGAAAACCAAUAAAUCAUCAGGUUUUCGUGCUAAGAAACCACAACCACAACCAAAACAAUCAUCUUCUGCAUCACACAAUACUAAUUAUAACACCAAUUACGAAGAAGAGGAAGAAGAAGAAGGAGAUCGAAACAACGAUCAAUUGGAUUGGAAUAGUGAAGAAACUGGAAUAGUUCAAGGCGAUCCAUGGGAUUAUCCAGACUGGAAUAUAAGUGCCACUUCGGAUAAUAAUCUUUCUCAGUCACCUGAAAUCCUCUCUGACCCAGACGAUCUUCGAUGGGAUUAA